UUUUGAAAAAACAUGGUCGGAAUUGAGAAAAAUACUGUUUACCCAGUAACAUCUGGCAUGACCAAUCAAUCACACGCAACGUUUUUCAAUGUUCACCUGCUUCUACUUGCGAAUCAUACCUAGCAGAUGAAAUCUACGCAUCAUUAUUCGCAACAAAGAACCUCAUUUCAUACGAAACUUUCGUGUAGCCUACGUGUUGAGCAAAAGCAAAAAAAUGAACUUUUUUGUUCUACACAUCUGCAUUUUUGUAAUUUUAUUCCAAAGUGUAUCCAUAGAUGCUCAAAACCAGUUCCAUCCAUUGGUAAUACACUUCCGCCAGAAUGACCCGGCGAUAUAUCACCUUCCACUGGAUAAAAUUCCAUCGAUAAACGACUCAAGUAUCAGAAGAUUAUGCCCUGCUGAAACAGAUGAAGAUAAACAAAAUUUGGAUACACUUUCUGCAACUUUCCCUCAAGUUAAGUAUUGCUUAUUCCGGAAAAGAACCCCCGACUUAUGCACAGAGCAACCGAAACCGUGGCUUGAAUUACAGCAGCAGUAUGCAGAUGAUGAAAUAUCAUGCGGAACAUUGCCAGAACACAAAGAAUUCAGAAUAGGAUUUUAUUUUUGCGGUUAUUUAAUGCUGUUGGACGACUUUCGCGAAAAACCAAAUAAAGCAGAUUUAGUCGCAAGGUUUCAACAAGUUUUGGACAAACGUGACUCAGGUGAUACUGUAUUACCUAAAUUAUAUGACAUUUAUAAUCUUUGCAUCGAUACAUCAAAUGGAAAAACCAUUUGGACGAAACACGAAAUCAUGACCCCUGCGAUAUUUACCGAUGAUGAAGAAAAAUUACACCGUGAAUUAGGAGAAGAUACAGAAACCAGUACUGAUCCUAUGCGGUUCGGAGCCGAUACUUUUACCAAUUUCAAGAAGAAAUUCCACGCACAAAAUGAAGAAUUAUUCAAAAUGACCGAAAAUUUCAUGGUACCAAGAGAACACGUGGCAAUGAGAGUAUGGAGAAAUACUGUAAAUCAUUUCAUCAACGUGGCUCCCCUAUGGGACAAGCUGGAGAAAUUGAUGAUCGCAGUUAACCAAGCGAUUAAAAAAAUUGCCCUACAAUUAUACGCAAAUGGCCAGAAAUUGACUAUUUAUACCAAAGCGAUUGAUUUCAAAGACGAGGAUGGAAAAAUAAUUCAAGUCAAUAGUCAAUUUUCCAGUACUGUAUGGUAUAAGUUACUUUACGAGAAAACAAGUAACACAGCAGCGUUGAUAGUUUUGCAUAACACGCCAGACUCUCCUCCAAAGAGUAAAGAAUGCGAAACAGAAAUGGCCUGUGAUAAGAACAAUUGGUAUGAAAAAAAACAAGAUGAUGACGAAGGCAUUUCUGAUGAGGUUUUUGAGUACGUCUAUUGUUGCAAUCCUACUACUUCAGAGGUUCUAAAAUUAUUCAAUUUUGAGCUCUUAAUAAAAGGACCACUGAACCUCGAUGACUUUUUUAAACAUCUGUAGAGGUAAUUGUAAUAAAUGAAAUGAUUCAAAACUUUGUAAAAAUGGUGUAAAAAAACAAGCAAAAUAUACAUCGCCAAAGCAGUUUAUGAUUAUGAAAAUAUGUUCCAAGUAAAAUUAUUUAAGUACCCAGCUAUUUUAAAAUACCUAUAAGUUAAAUGUAAACAAUAAAACGUA